AUGGCCACCACCACAGCCGCUGUCACUACCUACUUCUUCGGAGCCCGCCUCCCAAACCCCGGACCCAGUUUCGGAAGAUUCCAAGCCCGAUUUGGAAACUUCGGCGGCUUCAGCUUAGGCACCAAGAAGUCACCGCCACCUCCACCACCAAAACAAAAGCAGAAAUUUGACGACGGGGAACGACCCGUAUGGUUCCCGGGUGCCGAACCGCCCGAGUGGCUCGACGGGUCGCUGGUCGGGGACCGGGGGUUCGAUCCGUUCGGGCUCGGGAAGCCCGCGGAGUACUUGCAGUUCGAUUACGACGGGCUGGACCAGAACUUGGCGAAGAAUGUGGCGGGUGAUGUGAUCGGGACCCGGAUCGAGACUGCAGAGGUGAAUCCGACGCCGUUUCAGCCGUACUCGGAGGUGUUUGGGCUGCAGAGGUUCCGGGAGUGCGAGCUGAUUCAUGGGAGGUGGGCGAUGUUGGGUGCGCUUGGCGCUCUUGCUGUCGAGGGCCUCACUGGGGUUGCAUGGCAGGACGCUGGCAAGGUUGAAUUGAUUGAAGGAUCAUCAUACCUUGGGCUUCCCCUUCCCUUUUCCAUAACCACUUUGAUUUGGAUCGAAGUGCUGGUGAUUGGGUACAUUGAGUUCCAGAGGAAUGCUGAGCUGGACCCAGAGAAAAGGCUGUACCCGGGUGGCAAGUUCUUUGACCCACUGGGCCUGGCCUCUGACCCUGAAGAGAAGGAGAGGCUUCAAUUGGCUGAGAUCAAGCAUGCCCGUCUUGCCAUGGUGGUCUUCCUCAUUUUUGGCAUCCAAGCUGCUGUGACAGGGAAGGGCCCUAUCAGUUUUCUGGCAACCUUUAACAAAUAA